AUGAAACCUAAGAAGAAAUCUACACUUUGCUUUCUGAACCUAAUAACAUUAACAAACAUUUGUUGCUCAAAUAGCCUACAAGACCUUAUAGAAGCUCCAGCCAACUCUAAUGACAUACUCAAUUGUGUAAUCCACACAGAUGGCUUUGCUGUCACUUUCCUAUUUGUCAGGGCCAAGAAAAAAAACAGUGACAUACCUUUGCUUACACUUGAAGAGUUCACUCGCGAUGAAAUUGAACGGUACUUCGUACCAUUUACUGUGGAUGCUGGUCGCAGUCAAAUAUUCACUGCUGCUGUAGGCUACGACAGCGUUCAUCAUCAAGUUCGUUCAUAUAGCAAAGAGGAACGAGCCAACAUUGCUGGUUACAUCAGGCGCGCAAAGAUAGUCGACAACAAGAAAAAUAUAACCGGCUUAAAUGACAUCGAAUCGGAGAUGCCAACCAGCAAAACGGUUCACUCGGAUGGGCAAUAUUUACUCUACCUCUCAUACGUUUUGCAACAUCUCCAGGCUCUUCAUGACUUCUAUGGCUUUAUAAUUUUAAUAAUUACCAAGGCCGCCUAA